AUGAACUCCAUCCUCACCCCGGGCCCCACACCCCCCCUCCUCCUCGCCACAAACAUCACCUUCGCCGCCCUCCAACUCCUCCUCUUCGUGCUGCUGAUCGCAACCUACUCCUACCACUUCGCCAUCCUCUCCGUCCUGUGCGGAGGCCUAUGGUGGAGCAUAAAUUGGUUCGCGACGGAGCUGCGGGCGGCGCAGGUCAAGGAGGAGGAAGCCGAAGCGCUGAGGAAGAGGGAGAGGAGGGAGAAGGGGAAGGGGUGGAAGGAGAAGGGGGAGGUGGAGGAUUCGGCGGAUGAUGAGGGGGAGAGCACGGAGGUUGAGGAGGAGGGGCAGGGGACGGGAGAGGUGAUGGCGGGGAGUGGUGGGAGGCAUGGUGGGGUGGUUGUGACGGGGUUGGAGCAGGGGGAGGCGAGGCAGAGGCGGGUGGAGGAGGAUGGCAGUGGGGAUGAGGGGGAUCGAUGA